GCGGCGGGGAGCGGAGCGCGAGCCGAGCGCGAGCCGCCGUGAGGGCGGGCUGCAGGUCCUGGCGGGUCCCGCCGUCCUGGUGCCUUCCACUGCCCGGUCCCGGUGCCCGCCAGCGGCUCCCUGUGUGCCCUCUCUGCUCCCGCCCGGGUCACGGUGCCCUCGGGUUCCGCUGGCUGCGGGCCGAGCCCGCUCCGUCCCGCCGGGGCUGGUCCUGCAGCACGGGGGGCCGACGGGGGCUGCCCGCGAAGGGCGUGGGGGUCUGUGGGGCUUUGGGGCCUGUUUUUCGAGUCUCUAAGGACCGGAGAGCGGCGAGUGCGGGGCGGGCAGCGGGGCCCCUGGGCUGUGGCAGCCGGUGGUGGCACCUUGUCACGGCGCGCGUGAGCUCCCCUUGGCAGGAAAGGGAAAUAAAGCGCUAAUGAGGGUGUAGAUGCUCCCAGCAGCGCGGCCGUGGCCCAUUGCCCGAGGCAGUCCCUGCGAGGCGCCCUUCAGUGUGCUCAGAACAUGCUCAGGGUGUUCACACUGCGAGGUCUCUUGCUUACUUUUGGACUUGGACAGGCCUAAUCUGUGAAGAUAAUUAAAGUUCCUCUACUGUGGAUGCUAGCCGCGGGCCCGGCCAUGUCCCCGCUGCCGGAGGCGGAGCUGGUGCGCAGCUCGGUGCAGCUGUACCGGUACCUGCUGCGCUGCUGCCGCCGCCUGCCCCCGGGGCCCAUCCAGCAGCACUACAGACACGCCAUCCGCCAGAGUUUCAAAGUCCAUGCUGAUGAAGAUGAUCCUGUGCGAAUCCAGCAGAUCAUUAAAAGAGCCAUUGAAGAUGCUGACUGGGUGAUGAAUAAAUAUAAAGACCAGAAGUAGAAGAGGAAGGAUGAAACCAAGGAGGACAUUGUUCAAGAGGGAAAGGACCAUGGAGCUGGAAGGUACAGCCAUGGCUUGUCUGCAGGUCCAGAUGUCUGAGGUGCCAGCUGGGAUAUGGGAGCAUCAGACCAAAGGUAUGGUAGAUGUAAUUGUUAUGGAGGAUGAGGAUCUGUGAACUUUAGGGUUUGGAAAGUGAUAGAGCAUUCAAUUCUCAGUAGGGUACAGAUGGGGAACAUGGUUGGUGAGGCAGGAGACAUCAUGACUAAAUAUUUUGAUAGUAGUGAUUCAGCUGGAGGCAUGAGGAGAAGUCUGAAGGACUUCUGUACAAACUU